CAAACCUGGUUGGGUGAACUUGAAAUCUUGCUUGUUUCUUCAGCCUGGGCCUGGAUCUAGACGAUCUUUAAGGACAAUAAAGAGAGCCGCCUGCAAGACCAAGAUACCGGUACCAGAAAGGGCAGACUUUGAAGAGGGACUACCCCAGUAUUGCAGUACUUCUAGGGGAACUCAAUCACACAAAAAAAAGACACGACAUGGCAUGGUCAAGUUUCUCACAUCUUCGAAGGUUAAAGACCAUAACUGAUAACCAAAAACAUGGGAUAAUUGAAAUUUCACGACCAGAGGCCUGAAGGAUUGCUCUGAAGACCAGACACUGAGAGUAUGAAUGGCAAGUCUUUACCUACUAAACUUACUUAACACUAAUAAUACAUUCCUAUCUUUACAGUAAUUGCACUCUUUACUAGUCUUUAGUCUUUACCAUUAUAAAAUUACAGCCCCAAUAUUCACAAAAGAUAUUAAAUAAAUAAUAAUAUACUGGUAUUCAUUGUACUCUUAUUCAUAUUUAAAAGUAUUCAUAGCAUAGACAGAGGACAUUUUUCAAAUAAAUGAAAAAUAACUUUUAUAUCAGUCACACUGAAUAGACCUACUUUAAAUAGCCAUGCCCAUAAAAAAGCCCAUAUGAACAUAAGACUAUGUCAAAUUUGUGACAGUAGAUUUAAGUAUGUAACACUAUUUUGAGUCAAAAUAAAUUAGGAUAAGGAAUAAAACAAAUAUGCCUAAUAAUAGAAAUAUUUAUAAUUAUAGUAAUAAUAAAUACUUAAUUUCAUUAGGCUAUCUAUUAAUAUUAUGGUAGACCUAAAUUAUUUUUGUAUAUGAUAUGGCAGGUCUGCACAACUCGAACUGUAAGGCGGGCCGAAAUAUUUUAUGAAAAACCUGUGUGGGCCAAAAGAAAAUAGGAAAGGACUUGUGCGGGCCAAAAGAAGAUAGGACAGGAGGGAAAGAUAUUAGGAAAAGAAUAAGGAUAAAGAAUAUUUUGUUUCUUCGUGGGCCACAAAGUGGUUGCUGGCAGACCCCAUGUGGCCCGUGGGCUGUAUGUUGUGCAGGCCUGUGAUAUGGUAUAAUAUAGCCUAGGUUAAUAAUUAAUUUAAUAAUAUAUAAUAUAGCAUUGAUGGGCCUGUGGCCUUGCCAAAAAGACACUAAACAGAAAUUGAACACACAUACAAAAAUCCAACCAUGCUAUGAGUAUGACUAGUAGUAAUACUAGGCCUACUAGUAAUUACUAGUAUGAGUUUGAUAUUCCUAAUUAAAUUUACUCCAUAUUAGUUAUUAGUAGUAUUACUAUAACGUCGCCACAUUAUUCCAUCAGCUAUGUUGUUGCCCCACUCAUCUACGUUGCCCUUCCAUUCUGUCAGCUAUGUUGUUGCCCCACUCAUCUACGUUGCCCUUCCAUUCUGUCAGCUAUGUUGUUGCCCCACUCAUCUACGUUGCCCUUCCAUUCUGUCAGCUAUGUUGCUGUGACUCUUCUACCUGUUAUGUAUCAAUAUUUCACUACAUAUUUAAUGAUGCCAGUCUUCUGCCCUCAUCAUAGUUGGUUUGUCUUGCAGGUAUGAGACAAGACUAAACUUUCACUCGAAGAAUUAAAGAUGGUGAAGGCGGAGAGUAGCUGCAUCAUGUUGGAGAGAGAACAGCAACAACAGUGGUACAAGAAAUGUUUUGAUGAGAUAUCAAAUCAGGUGGUCCAGGUCCUGUUGGCUCACAAGGUAGAUAUCUUAAAAAUGUGGGUUCCUGUACCUCAUAUGUAGCUCUACUUGUCAGUUUAAUAAAUUUAAUAUGAUCUAUUUAUAACUUAUUAUAAAUAUCAAUACACUGUUGGUCAAUAAAUAUUGUUCAGUUUCAAUUUUUCCUUUAAAAGAUAUAAAACUUAAUAUAUGCAGUACUUUUUCUAUUGAAGAUUUUAUUGACAUUUCAUGACUACAGAUAAAAGGAAAUCAAAUUAACCCAUUCUUGCCUAAUUUGCCCUCCUGGAUAGGCAAUGGCACAUAACUCAAUUUUGAAAUGUAAAUUUAAUUUUCAAAAAAGAAGAAGAAAAAUAUAGAAAAUACACAUUAAGCCAUUUCAUUUUAUUGAAAUUUUAUUAAAUAUAAAAAUGAAUGAGUUGUACAAAUCAUGAUAAAAAAUAAGAUUAUUCAGAGAAUAACAUUUUAAUAAUAAUAUCUGAAGUUGACUAUCACAAACUGUACACAAAUUUUCCUGUCUGGUGCACUUUUGGGGAAUUUAAUUUUUCAAGCUAUUGAAUGAUUUUACAUAUUUACUUUAGGCCCUUAUUUACACAUAUGGAGUGAUCAUUUUUACCAAGUUUUAAAAAAAAGUCUUUUAAUAAUAAAUUUGAUACAUUUAAAAAAAGUUUGGGAAAAUUAAUUGGUAACUUUUUGGGCAUUUUAAAACUUAUUUUUAAACUAUUAUAUGAAGAUUGUGUUCAUUGGACAUUUUACAUUUUGAUAAGUUGAUUUGAGAAGUUUAUUUCAUACAUAUUUUUAGUAACAAAAGAAUUAAUAAAAUGACCUCUUUGGCCAAAUCAUUAACUCAACUUUAUGGGGAAAAUUCCUAUUUUUGACCAAAUUAUUAACUCAACUUUAUGGGGAAACUCUUAUCUCUUUGACCAAAUCAUUAAAUCAAAUUUAUUGGGAAAUUCCUAUAAACUCCUAUCUCUUUGACCAAAUCAUCAACUCAACUUUAUGGAACUCCAUUUCAGGGGACAACUUAUUGUGACAAAGCUAAGAUAUAAUUUCUUUGAAAAAUUAUUUUGAAGGAAGCACAACGCCCUAACUGCAAAUAUUUUAACAGCCUUUCAAAUGUAUAAAUUCAUGUGAAAAAUAUGUUUUUUUAAUGAUAAUUUUUUUUAUUUUCUUCUAAGUUAAUACAAGAAGAAGCUGUGCUUACAAGUCAAGUAUAUGUAUAGACUGCUUACAUAUCUGAAGUGGAAUCUUAUUGGAAGAAGACUCUAAUCUUGAUCAUGGACAAGAAAGUACCAUGUUAGUUAUCUUAAAUUUUUAACAUAUUUAAAUAGAAAAUGUUAUACAUAUUUAAUGCCAUUUUUUAAAUCUUUAUUAAUAUCCUGAAAUGUUAAUAGCUUUUAAAUUGUUUUCUAGAUUCAACUGUAGAGAAAACUUUAAGCCUACACAGCUACCCAAAUUGGAUGAUCCAGCACAAGACACUGUUCACUGUUGAAUCCAAAAACAGAUCAACCAGCACCAACCAUUGAUAUCAAGAGAUAGAACAACUCACCAGCUGCUGGUUUCAACUUUCAGGGUUUAAAGUGAAUAUACAUUUUUACUUAAAAUAAAUUAAGUGCACUUAAAAAUAAAAAAAAAUUCAAGUGUAAAAUAAAAUAAGAAAAGUUAGGCAUUAAUGCUCUAUCCAAAAAUGUUUCAUGUAGGCUGUAAUAUAAUAUUGUUUACCUUAUAACUUUGGUGUGCUGCUUAUAGAAUUCCAUAUAAAAGUAAAAUAAAUAAUCAAAAUUAAGUCAUAAACAGUUUAAACACAUGUUACUGUUAGAGACCGACCGCAUUUCAGCUUCGGGGCCAAAAGUUGCCAUUUGAUCCCUUUUGGCCUAGUUUCGGUUUCGGCCGAAAUUGAAAAGUUAACUUUCAGUUUAAUUUAGGUUUCAGCCGAAACUGAAAAGUUAAGUUUCGGUUUACUUUUGGUUUCGGUCAAAAGUGAAAAAUGCCUUCAGUCUUCUACCAGAUGUCAGAUUGUCACUCUGUCUGAUGGCUGGCAAUCCGAUAUUAAUUAUUGUUUGACGUAUGGCUGUCAUCGGUAAUAUAUAAAAAAUAAUUUGUGAACACUGUUCACAGCUGCAUGAUGACUGACUUGUCCAAUAUUUCAAGAAAUGAAAUAAGGCAAAAGGAAAGGUUAAUAGUUUCGUGGAAAAAAAAAACUAUGGGGAAUGGUAAUAUUUACAUUAUUAUUUUUUAUUUAUUUUUUAAAAAUAAGGAACACUAGUUUUAUUCAAGCCAUUUAUUUUUUAAAUCAAUUUUGAUUUAUCAUUAUCUUGCUCCUAGAUGUAGUCAUAGUCAAAGGUAACUAGCAUUGUGAAAAAAAAUCAUCAACAUUCAUCGUUAUCGUGCUCAUAAAUGUUUUCACUGACAACGAAAUAAAAGUUUUAAAUAUCAUCACAUCAAAUUGGUCAAGUGUGAAGUGUAUGGAAACAAAUGUAAAGAAAGACAAGAAUGAACCUUUAGUCAUAUUUUUAAAAAUAAUUAAAUAUCAUUACUUUUUCAUUGUGAUUAUUAGGCAAAAGUAGCAUUUAAUUUAAAUCAUACACGUGUGUGUAUAACUGUUUCGUAAAAUAAUUAUGUUAUGGGACUGUAAUAUCAAACUAAACCGACAUUCCCUAAACUUUUGUUCAAUCUAGGUCAAAUCUAAAAUUAGCUGACCAAUGAUAAUUGCAGAUAAACAAACAAUUUCAGGUCGCCCAAUAAGAACACAAGUUUUAACCAGAAAAUGUAUGGGUUCUUGGAAGAAAAGAGUUUCUUCAUGUCUUGUUUGUGGACGUUUUAUUGGGCGAUACCAUUAAGCAAUAGAUAGCCUAAGCUCUCAAGCAAUUUAAGACGAAUAAAAAUUGCCACUAAAGUUGUUCCAUCAAUUUUGGCGGUGAGCAGAACGUGUGCGAAAACGAGUAUUGAAAUAUUUAAAUAUUUCAGUUUCGGCUGAAACUGAAAAGUUAAGUUUCGGAUUACUUUCGGCAGAAAGUCAUUUUUAACUUUCGCCGAAAUCAGAAAAUCACUUUCGGUCAUUCUCUAGUUACUGUAUUGCAUUCCCCCCCUCUGGUACUUUGAUCUAAAAUGUAACUUUUUUUUAAAAACCUGCAGAAUGCCUAAAUCAGAAAGACCAAGGACAUGAGCAUUGGAAGGACUCAUUGGAGUGUGAGGGACUAAGUACAUGAGCAUUGGAAGGACUCAUUGGAGUGUGAGGGACUAAGUACAUCUUGGUGUCAAGAUUAGGAGCUGAUUGAAACCAAAUAAUUGCA